AUGGAAAAAUCAACAGACUCUAGUAGUGGUUCGUCAUCAUCUUCAACAACAACAACAUCAUCGUCGUCCUCCUCCUCCUCGUCUACGACAAUAUCAAGUGCUAACAAUCCUGGAGAGGGUAGCCUUCAACAUAUGUUGAAUUCUUCCAGUAAAGCUGUUUAUGAUGUUGCUGGUAGCCAAGCAACAACAACAACGCAUUCUGACAGCAAUGGCAACCCACAACAACAACAGCAGCAGCAUCACCAGAAAAUGCCACAAACGCCAUCUACUACCCAACAGCCUACAACAGCAGCAGCAACAACGAUGUACAUGCAAAAGCAUCAUCAAAACAAUAGUUGUUCUUCAACAAAAAAUCAACUUAAUUUACUUGGGUGUGGUCCAUCGGUGGUAGUGGCGACGACGGCCUCCACAGCAACAUCAUCAUCAUCAGCUAUUAAUAUUGGUGGAGGCAGUUUAAAGGCCUCCAACAGUAAGCAUACCAACAAUUCUUGUUCUAUACCAUCAUCCUCCACUUCUAAUAUAUCCCUUAAAAACAACAAUAACACCUUGGGUCAUCAAUCUUGUAAUUCCUCGACUGCCGUCAACAAUAACGGCGCCGCCGCUGCUGCCGCCGUUAUAUCUUCCUCCACCAUUAACUCUGUAACAUCUAUUGCCACCUCUAAUAGUAAUAAUGCUGCUGCUGCGGCUGCUAUUGCCUCUGCCCUGAGCGGCAUUACUUCAACAUCAACAACCAUGGCAACAUUGCCGACAUCGUCAAUGUCAUCAUCAGCAGCAUCAUCCUCCUCAUUGUCGUCUACACAACAACAGCAACACCACCAACAAAUGGCGCCUAUUAAUCUUAAUAUUAGCACAACAACCGGAGGCAAUUUUAGUGUCUCGGUUGAUCCUCAGAUAAGUGUGGAAAAUCUAAAGAAGAUUAUAGCCAAGAAGCUGAAGGUUGCCAAGGAUCGUAUCUGCUUGCUGCAUAGAGAAAAAGAACUUCAGGAUGGCUCUUUGAAGGAAAACAAUCUUAUGGAUGGCUCAAAAAUUAUUCUCAUACCAAAUGUUGAAACUGGUCUACUG